AUGUAUGUUUUAAUUUCUUUUCUAAGUGAGAGUGAACGCAGCACAUGGCUGACCAAUGACUCCUAUCAAAGAGACCUUUGGAGCAGUGAGUCUGAAGAGCUUGCAGGACCUUCCCGGAUUUCCAACCCACAGCUUGAAGACAUGCAAAUAGUUACUGAAGCUGAACUAAAUCAGUUGGCUCAGAUUCGACCGUUCAUAUUCACGUCUCAUGAGCAAUCAGCUAUCAAGGAAUACUUAAAAACAUUUGAGAGAAAAGUAGUAGAAAGCGAGAUCAACCAGGAGUUCUUGUCUUUAGAAAGUACGAAUCUGCCUGGUGAGUUCAACUCUGGGAAUGAACCAAACAACAGAGAUAAAAACAGAUAUCGGGAUAUUCUUCCAUAUGAUUCAACACGGGUUCCUCUUGGGGAAAACAAGGACUACAUCAAUGCUAGUUAUAUUAGAAUAGUCAAUUCUGAAGAAGAGUAUUUUUAUAUUGCUACUCAAGGACCACUGCCAGAUACCAUAGAAGACUUUUGGCAAAUGGUUUUAGAAAAUAACUCUAAUAUUAUUGUCAUGAUAACCAGAGAGACAGAAUGCGGAGUUACCAAAUGCCACCAUUACUGGCCCAUUGCUAUAGACAAGCCUUUGGAAUUGAAAAACUGUCGUAUCUCUUUGGAAAAAUACCAGAUACUUCAAUAUUUCAUCAUUCGAAUAUUUCAAGUUAUGAGGAAGUCUACAGGAAAGAGUCAUUCUGUAAAACAAUUGCAGUUCACCAACUGGCCAGACCAUGGCACUCCUGACUCAGUAGAUGGCUUUAUAAAGUAUGUUCGUUACGUGAGGAAGAGCCACCUUACAGGACCCAUGGUUGUUCACUGCAGUGCUGGUGUGGGCCGGACAGGGGUGUUCCUGUGUGUGGAUGUUGUGUUCUGUGCCAUUGAAAAGAACUUUCCAUUUAAUAUCUGGAAUAUUGUGGCCCAAAUGAGAGAACAGCGUCGUGGCAUGAUUCAAACAAAGGAGCAGUAUUGUUUUUGUUUUAAAAUUGUGCUUGAAGUUCUUAAGAAGCUUCAGACUGUCAAUUAAGAAAGGCUUCCAUUGCUUCAUACUGGAAGUGACCACGUGGCUU